CACACGUACUUCGGGCGUUGUUAAACAUGGACUAUAAAAUCGGACUUCUGGUGUUUAUCACCCUUCUGAUUGGCAGCUUUGCUCUUCCAAAGCCCGAAGAUGAUAUGUCCAUCUUCUUCGAUCACACCGACGCUAACGCUCGUAUCGUCGGUGGUACCCAGGCGGCUGUCGGUAGUCAUCCUCACAUGGUGGCAAUGACCACUGGAGUAUGGCUGAAAAGCUUCCUCUGCGGAGGUUCUCUAAUCUCCCAGCGCACCGUCCUUACUGCUGCUCACUGCAUUGCUCCAGUUUUCGGCGGUGGUUCUCUCCUGAGGUCUGUACGUGUUGUGGUUGGCACCAACCGCUGGAACAGUGGCGGUGUUGUUCAUACACUGGAUCGUAACGUGACCCACCCCCACUACGUAUCAUCUACCAUCAAGAACGACAUCGGAAUCCUCAUCACCUCCACCAACGUGGUUCUCAAUAACCUGGUGCAGGUUGUGCCCAUCACCUACUCCUAUAUUGGAGAGGGAGUACAAGCCCGAGUUGCUGGUUGGGGCCUAACUCGGAGAGGUGGUAUGUCCGUGUCCCGCACUUUGAUAGAACUGACAACUCGUACCAUCGAUGGUGACGACUGUGUAGCUCAUGCAGCACGUGCAGCUAUUGAGCUAAACAUGAGGCAUGCUCCUCCAGUAGAGCCCCAUAUUGAGGUCUGCACCUUCCACUCCGCUGGAUUUGGCAAUUGCAACGGUGACUCUGGCAGUGCUCUGCGUCGUGUUGACAACGGCCAGCAGUUCGGUAUCGUGUCCUGGGGCUUCCCAUGUGCUCGUGGUGCUCCUGACAUGUACGUCAGGCUCAGUGCAUACGAGAGCUGGUUGAAAUCUGUCGUUGUCUAGAAUACAAAAGAAUAACUUCUAUGCCAAGGAACGACUGCUUUAAUUUUUAUUUGAUUGGUUUGUAAAUAAUAAAAAAUAAGUUGAUAUUA